GUUUGUUUGUUUGUUUGUUUGUUUGUUUGUUUGUUUGUUUUAGACCUAUGUUGAGUUUAAUUGUGUUUUGAGUUAAUUGUAAGUUGAGCUAUCUUUAAUAAAUCCUUUUGUUCAUUUAAACUGUUUUCUAUGUGGACUCUUUGACAUCAACUCAGACAAUUGAGUCUCAGUCAUAAAAUUGACAGUGUAUGGUGGUCAACGUAAAUUGUUUGCAUUUUGGAUGCCAACCUCCAUAAAACCUUGAAGAAGAAGAAGAAUGGUCCAGUCCAGUUCCAACAGCGCCGUGCACGCGCUGGGCCCCAUUGCCUGGCCGCGCUCCUUCACAGUGAACGCGCACGACAGCACGGCGCCGUCUCCCUGCCGUUUCGUUGUCAGCAGGGCACGGACAUGGCUGCUCUCAGCAAAAUACCGCACAACUGUUACGAGAUCGGGCAUACCUGGGACCCGUCGUGUGUGCAAUCUGCUUUGGAUAUAACCAGGGGCGCUCUGGAGGUGUCCUUUAAAAUUUACGUCCCCCUUUACCUGAUAGCAGCAGUUCUAAGGAGAAGGAAGAAGGAUUACUAUUUAAAAAGGCUUCUCCCAGAGAUCCUAUGGUCUACCUCUUUCCUCACUGCCAAUGGAAGUCUCUACAUUGUUUUCUUCUGCGUUCUCAGGAAACUGUUGGGAGGGUUCUACUCCUGGUCUGCCGGGUUUGGCGCGGCACUGCCUGCCUCCUACAUUGCCAUCCUCCUUGAGCGCAAGAGCAGGAGAGGGCUGCUGACAAUAUACAUGACAAAUCUUGCAAUUGAGACUUUGUUCCGCAUGGCAGUGACACGAGGCGUCAUCCAACCCAUCAGACAUGGCGAGGUGCUCUUGUUUUGCAUAACUGCAUCGCUCUACAUGUUCUUCUUCAGGAGCAAAGAUGGUCUCAAAGGCUUUGCAUUCUCUGCAUUAAAGUUCAUCAUUGGGAAAGAAGAGAUUCCAACUCACUCUGUCACGGCUGAACACAGCUGCACAAGGCCCAUUGAGAGGACAGAAGCGGAGGAUUCCCCAGCAUCAGCAGACAGGCCCAGCUCCAGGAGGAAAACACUGGUAGCCUACACCAGUGCACUGCUAGAAUCAAUAUGCAAAAAAGGUCCAAGACACAGAUGUUGUAAACAUUACCAGGACAGCUGCAUUUCCUACUGUGUUAAAGGUUUUGUCAGGAUGUUCAGUGUGGGCUACCUGAUUCAGUGUUGUCUUAAAGUGCCCUCAGCAUUCAGGCAGAUGUUCUCUAAACCCUCACGGCUCCCCUCCCUCUUCUACAACAAAGAGAACUUCCAGCUAGGGGCCUUUCUAGGAUCUUUCGUCAGUAUUUACAAGGGAACAAGCUGCUUGCUGCGCUGGCUGCGUAACAUUGACGAUGAACUCCAUGCACUGAUAGCCGGCUUCCUGGCUGGUACCUCAAUGUUCUUCUACAAAAGCACAACAAUAUCCAUGUAUCUCUUCACUAAGCUGGUGGAGACCAUGUACUUCAAGGGCAUUGAGGCCGGACGGUUCCCUUACUUUCCUCAUGCAGACACGGUCCUAUAUGCCAUCUCCACUGCUAUCUGUUUCCAAGCUACUGUGAUGGAAGUGCAGAACCUCAGGCCUUCAUACUGGAAGUUCCUGCUGCGGUUAACUAAGGGCAGGUUUGCUCUGAUGAACCGACAGUUGCUUGAUGUGUUUGGGACUCACGCCUCCAGGGACUUUAAAGGCUUUGUGCCUAAACUGGACCCUCGUUUCACCACAGUGCUUCCACCAGGACCCGACAUCCAACUCGGCUGACCUGGGAUCAGGCUCGGGGAGGGGCUUUAGGGUUAGGACAGGACGUGGACAGUCUGGCAGUUAUUUCUGAAAAUUUUAAGGAUUUUUGACAGGUAUACAUUAGAAGUGGUGAUGUCAGGUUAUGAGAUGGAAAAUGCGUCGGAGGAUGUAAAGCCCAAGAUAUGCCCAAAGCAGGGUCUCAUGAGUGUCAAGUGUGGUGUUGCACAAGCACAUUCACUGAUUGGAAUUGUAUGGAUACUGGUAAAAUAAAUGAAAUGCAUAAUUUUA